AUGUGGGGAUAUGAGGGCAGAAAAAGGCAAUUAGAAGGCGGUGCCACCGAUGGCCUCCACCGCCGCCUUAGCAACCGCCAGGUCCAACUCGUCGCCAUCGGGGGCUCCAUAGGCACGGCCGUUUUCGUCAGCAGGGGCGGCGCCCUUCAGCGUUCCGGUCCGGGCAGCCUUCAUCUGGCGUUUAUGUCUGUUUACAUGCCCAUCAGCGGCGGUUUCGUCAGACUUGCGAGAAAAUGGCCGUUCGAGAUUGUGGCUUUGACGCUGGUGGUUUCAUACUGGAAUGACAGGAUUCCAGUCUAUGCAAUUUGUGUUGGAUGCAUUAUACUCUAUGGCUUCAUCAACGUAUUUGCCGUCGGUGUUUACGGAGAGGCUGAAUUUUACCUUUCCAGCGGCAAAGUCAUCCUCCUCGCAAUGCUCCUCGCUUUCACUCUAAUCACUAUGGCGGGAGGUAAUCCCCAGCACGACGCCUACGGCUUGCGAGACUGGUACGCCGGUUACUUCGCCGAGUACAUCAGUACUGGCCCCCUCGGGAAAUCCGAAGGCUUCCUGUCCGCCCUUUGGACUGCAUCCUUCACCUGCGUCGGACCCGAAUACGUCUCAAUGAUGGCCGCUGAAGCCAAACAUCCCCGUAUUUACUCUACUGGCGUAUCUGAAUCUUUUUUUGUCGGGGGUGCCCUGACCGCUGGGAUCGUCGACCCGACUCUCGUUGCAAUAUACACCGGCAAAGGAGGCUCCACGGGCAGCGCGGCUGCAUGGCCUUAUAUCAUCGCGAUGGGUAACCUCGGCAUCAGUAUCCUGCCUCACGUUGUUACAUUCUUCUUGGCUACCACUGUUUUCUCGGCCGGCAGCGCCUAUACUUACUGUUCUAUAAGAACGCUCUAUGGUCUGGUACUCGAAGGGAGGGCCCCGCGCUUCCUGACCAAGACGUCGAAGAAGGGCGCCCCGAUUUACUGCCUUGCCGUGGUCAUGAUUUUCCCUCUCUUCUCGUUGCUGCAGCUCUUGAGCUUGGUACUCGACUGGCUGAUUUCGCUGACGACCGCUGCAACUGUUAUUGACUACAUUGUCAUCUGCGUCACAUAUAUCUGCUUUCACAGGGCCUGCAAGUCGCAAAACUUUGAUCGUUCUCGUCUCCCCUACAUCGGUCGAUUCCAGCCGUAUAGUGCGUACAUUGGCCUGGUCUGGAUGAAAUGUGUCGUCAUUUGCUACGGCUACCGCCCGUCUGACCCAGCUUCGAUUUUCAUACACUACACAAUGGUGCCUCUGGCAUCUCUCUUGUUCUGUUCCUGGAACACAAAAACUCUGGGGCCGGACGGGGUCGACCUCGUGUGGGAUGCCCCGCGGAUAACCGCAUACGAGGAGCUGCUGAGCGAAGUUGAUCCUCCCGUUGGAUUCCUACAAGAUAUAGCCACCCACUUCUCGACCUCGCCGAGCUUCGACUCCAAAUCGGGAACGUCGCUUGCUCCCACCCAACCCAGCAUCAUCUUCUGA